CUCCGCUGUCGUCCGGGCGGGCGGAGGUGUGCGGCGGUGCUAUCGCGAUAGCCGCGCGGUCGGGACGCCAUCCUGCCAGCGGCGGUUGCGUAGGCUGCUGGUCGCCGGCCGCUCGGAAGAGAGGGGCUUGCUUCCUGGCAGCAGCUCCCGCUGGGACGCAUCGAGGAGCGUACGAAGGUCUCCCGGUGAGCGCGGGCGUUUGAUUUAGACAAAAAUGGACUGGAGUGGAAAGCACAACGGGCCCACCGAUACAACCAACGAUGGAACGGUGGUGCGGCUCCGAGGGCUGCCCUUCGGCUGUAGCAAGGAAGAGAUCGUUCAGUUUUUCCAAGGGUUGGAAAUCGUGCCAAAUGGGAUAACAUUGACGCUGGACUACCAGGGGAGAAGCACAGGGGAGGCCUUCGUGCAGUUUGCUUCAAAGGAGAUAGCAGAAAAUGCUCUGGGGAAACACAAGGAAAGAAUAGGGCACAGAUACAUUGAAAUCUUCAAAAGUAGUAAGAGUGAAAUCAGAGGAUUCUCUGACAUGCCGAGAAGAAUGAUGGGACAACAACGGCCUGGACCAUAUGAUAGACCAUUAGGAGGAAGAGGGGGUUAUUAUGGAGCUGGGCGUGGAAGUAUGUAUGACAGAAUGCGUCGAGGAGGUGGUGGAUAUGACGGUGGAUAUGGUGGCUUUGAUGAUUAUGGUGGUUAUAAUAACUAUGGCUAUGGAAAUGAUGGCUAUGAUGACCGAAUGAGAGAUGGGAGAGGCAUGGGAGGACAUGGCUAUGGAGCUGGAGAUGCAGGUUCAGGUUUCCAUGGUGGCGGUCAUUUUGUUCACAUGAGAGGACUGCCUUUUCGAGCAACAGAGAACGAUAUUGCAAAUUUCUUCUCACCAUUGAAUCCUAUAAGAGUUCACAUCGAUAUUGGGGCAGAUGGAAGAGCCACAGGCGAGGCAGAUGUGGAAUUUGUAACACAUGAGGAUGCGGUAGCUGCUAUGUCCAAGGAUAAAAAUCACAUGCAACAUCGAUACAUUGAGCUGUUUCUGAAUUCAACUGCUGGAGGUGGCUCUGGAAUGGGAGGCUAUGGCAGAGAUGGAAUGGAUCAAGGUUAUGGCUCUGUUGGUAGAAUGGGAAUGGGUAACAAUUACAGCGGCGGUUAUGGAACUCCUGAUGGCUUGGGGGGCUACAGUCGUGGCAGUGGAAAUAGUGGAGGAUACUAUGGGCAAGGCAAUAUGGGUGGAGGAGGAUGGCGUGGGAUGUAUUGAAGGAUAGCCUUGCUUCUACAAAAUACCCUGGAAGAAACAACAGUCUCUGGUCUACUAGACUUUCUUACAAAAUUUUAAUUUCUUUUGUAUUUUAAGAACUUUAUAAUGACUGAAGGAAUGUGUUUUCACAAUAUUAUUUGGUAAGCAAGAGCUUGUGAUGGGAAAAUCUGUUUUCUGUAGGUUUUAUUUGUUGCAUACUCUGACUUUAAAUAAAUUUUUAUAUUCAAACCACUGAUGUUGAUACUUUUUAUACUAGUUACUCCUAAGGAUGUAUUACAUAUUCAAGAAUACAAUUGGUUUGAGAUGUUGUACUAUGGUUCAAUAAAGGUGGUUGUACUGUAA